CAACCAUGUUUGGGGCAGCAGGCUAUUCUAGCAAAGAGAGCAGUACAUGUUACAGGAGUGAGUUUACUCCGUAUGCUAAGAGGGAAAAUGCAGCUCACUGACUAGAUGUUUUAAUGUGUUAACUCUAGGGAGAAAACAUUAUUGUGUGCAGGAAAAUUGACAUCCCCUGUGCAAAUAGAGAACUGGAUUUUCAAAGGAUUCUUUUUUCUGUUUUUCUAAAACCAAAAUCUGUGGCAAGAUGUUUGAAAUCACCAGGACGCUUAGUGCUGCUUUGUUAAAUAAUGAGAUAAUUAGCACCAUGGAGCCUCAGGUGUCAAAUGGCCCUACAUCCAAUACAACCAAUGGACCUGCCAGCAACAGUAGGAACUGCCCUUCCCCUAUGCAGACAGGGGCUGCUACAGAUGACAGCAAAACUAACCUCAUAGUCAACUACUUACCCCAGAACAUGACCCAGGAAGAGUUCAGGAGCCUUUUUGGGAGCAUUGGUGAAAUAGAAUCCUGCAAGCUUGUGAGAGACAAAAUUACAGGGCAGAGUUUAGGGUAUGGAUUUGUUAACUAUAUUGAUCCAAAGGAUGCAGAGAAAGCCAUUAACACUUUAAAUGGACUCAGACUCCAGACCAAAACCAUAAAGGUUUCCUAUGCCCGUCCAAGUUCGGCAUCAAUCAGAGAUGCUAACCUAUAUGUCAGCGGCCUUCCAAAAACGAUGACCCAGAAAGAGCUAGAGCAGCUUUUCUCGCAAUAUGGGCGCAUCAUCACCUCACGAAUUCUGGUUGAUCAAGUCACAGGUGUUUCUCGUGGUGUGGGAUUUAUCCGUUUUGAUAAGAGAAUAGAGGCAGAAGAAGCCAUAAAGGGACUUAAUGGCCAGAAACCUAGUGGUGCUACAGAACCGAUUACUGUGAAGUUUGCUAAUAACCCCAGUCAGAAAACAAGCCAAGCCCUCCUUUCCCAGCUGUACCAGUCUCCCAACAGACGCUAUCCUGGACCUCUGCACCACCAGGCUCAGAGAUUCAGGCUGGACAAUUUGCUUAAUAUGGCCUAUGGCGUAAAGAGGUUUUCUCCGAUCACAAUUGAUGGGAUGACAAGCCUUGUGGGAAUGAAUAUUCCUGGCCAUACUGGGACUGGAUGGUGCAUCUUUGUCUACAACUUAUCACCUGACUCAGAUGAAAGUGUGCUGUGGCAGCUGUUUGGUCCCUUUGGAGCAGUCAAUAAUGUCAAGGUGAUCCGCGAUUUCAACACCAACAAGUGCAAGGGAUUUGGCUUUGUUACCAUGACCAACUAUGAUGAAGCUGCCAUGGCAAUCGCCAGCCUUAACGGAUACCGCUUAGGAGACAGAGUAUUGCAAGUUUCCUUUAAAACCAACAAAACCCAUAAAUCCUGAAUUUCAUAUCCUUAAUAAUUAUUAUUAUUAUAAAUAUAUAUAUAUAUAAAAAUAUAUAUACGAACAAAAAAAAACUCUUCAAGGCUUAUAUACAACCAUGGACUUUUAUAAGCCAGUGUUGCCUAAGUAUUAAAACAUUGGAUAUCCUGUGAACAGGAAAGGAUUUUAUAAUGCUUAGAAAAAAAAACUUUGAUGCAUUGAAUGUUCUUUCAUAGCUGUCGUUGUUGAAUAUAAUAUACAUAGAUAACAAUGUGCAGGGAUUUUUACCCGGCCAGCUAGUUUUACUACCUUCCUUGAAGGUGGGUCUUUUUAAGAUGACCAUUCACUCAUUUGAAAAAAAAAUGAAAAACCUAAAACCAUUUUUACAAACGAAUGGGAUUAGCAGAUUUUGCUCUCUUUUUUUCCAAAAUGUUUGAUCCAAUCAGAUUGGUAAACCCCCAGCAUAAAUUAAAGAGGAACAAUAAAAAUUGCAAAAAAAAAAAAAAAAACCACGUAAUUUUGCAACUUUUUUUAUUUUUCCUUUUUUCUUUUAUAUCAUGUGAACUAAACAGUCUUCUGUUAGAGAUAGGGUAAAAGGGGGGAUACCUGAUGACAUAACAGUUUAAAUAACAUUAACGAUGUUGCCAAAGAGGUGGUCUCUUUGCUGAAAAUGGGUUUCAAGAAAAAUCUAUUUUUAUAAAAUAUAAAGAAUUUUUACAAGAGAAUCUGGAUUUGAGAAAAAAAUAUUUUGACUGGCUAAUUUAGGGGAAAUUGACAACUUUGUCAUGUUCAUACUGCACUGGUAACUUUUUAGAGAUCAAGAUGUGUGUUUUAAACUGGAUUAAGUAGAUUGUUUUUUGAAGGAUGGGCUACAAACAGAUGAUCUUCGUAUCUUUUCAUAGCAUGUAAUAAAAAUAUUAAAUACAGAACGGGAGAGUGUUCUUCCCAGGCACACAGUUACCCACAGUCAAAACCCAAAAGCAAGGAGAUGAGUUGCAGGAUGGUUUUUCUUUAAGUCAUCAGUAUGGGAUAUCAGCAGAACAAAAGUUUUGGAAAAAAAAUUAAUUUUAAUCAAAAACUUCCUUUGUUCGAGCAGUAGGUGCUACAAAAUUAUUUACAUAUCUUAGUAUCAUAGUUCAAUGUAAUGUGUUUAGAGGGGGGGAAAGUACAUUUGCUUUAAAUUCGUUAAGAAUUUUCAGAUUCACUUUCUAGCCCAUACUGAUAUAAAUUGGGCUGUGUUGGCACAUUUGAAACACUCUUUAUGUUGCUUGAAACACUUAUUUAUUUAAUUGCUGAUGUGACGCAUAUGCCAAAAUCAGAUAUUGCUAGUUUGGCUAGUCUACUUAUUUGUUUACUUAAACUAUGGGAAGAAGCAUAUUAUUGUGUCAUUUCGUUGUGUGUGUAUGUGUAUAUAUAAUAUAAAUAUAUAUAUAUAUAUAUAUAAAAAGUUAUUUUUUUCUUUUGGUUAACUUAUUCUAAGUUGUAACACUUUGCUAGUUUUGUUUGUAUAUGUCUUAAAAUGUUUUCUUAUGAUACUUAAGUGGCAAGAGGUAUCAGGUAACCUGUGUAGAAAUAUUGUUUGAUAUAUUGUCAUGUUUGUUGUGAAUAUUUUUUUUCUUACUGCACAGUAGAAAACAACUGGGUCUUUAUUUUAAUGUAAUUCAAAUUGGGGAAAACAGAGCUAAGGGAACAAAAUGACUGAGGGAGUGCUCUCCCAUUUCCAGUGCACUGAUCCUUUUCGUAUGUUUGUGCUUUGUAUGGUUAUAUAUUUAAAACAAAAAAAGGUCAUGCUCUUCCCUGAGUACUAGAAACAGUUACUCGCUAUGCAUAAUCUAGUUGAUAGUUAAAUUUGCUAUUGCUUUUCUUGUCUUGUUAUAUAAAAUCUUUUCAAUACCAGUUUAGUCUUAAUGGUAAUAAAACGUUAUGGUUCUUUAUAACCUGU